AUGGAUUUCUUCAAACUGAAGAAGUUUAGGAAUGACCAUAAACCAAAUCAGGAAGUUGUUACUGAGCCAGAGCUGCAUCAGGAAGAGCCCAAAAAAGACAGUGGUGAUGUAUGGGAGGAUGAGGAUGUAGAAGAGGACGAAAAGGGAGAGACCAACUCUUGUGAGUGGAGGGACAUCGAUGCAGAAGGCCGACAGUUCUGGGCUGGGUUUGAUGCUGUGUAUGCCAGAUACUGUGAGAGGAUGCUGUUUUUUGAUCGCUUGAGUGCUCAGCAGCUGGGAAAAGUUGGCUCUCAUACUGUAUCAACUCCAUCACCAAGAUUGGCAUCCAAAAAGCUUGCAUAUCCACUUUUGCCUUUCGCUCAAAAAAUCUGA